AUGUUCAAUCUGGACAAAUACACUCCAAAUUUACUUUCUGUGUUUGCGAAGAAGGGUGGUGCUAUCGGGGCAAAACUGAAACCUGUUUUGAACAAACAGAUACAGAACCAAACAAUUGAGAUGAGACGUGACAAUGUGAUUCGUGGUUUAAUGCUCUACCUCGGUGAAAAUGAGGAAGAACUCUUUCUAGAUUGCCAGGCGCACUUAGAGGAUGUUGGCCGGUGUUCUGCCGAGUUGUAA